AUGGCGAACGUACGAUGGACAACAUUUCCCAGCCGUUGCUUGACACAGACCUACUUGUGGCUGAUACAAGUAUGGGGGCCGCAGAGGCUUGCUGAGUGGGGCCGUGUUCCAGAGCUGUCCACAGUGGAGCCGGCGUGCGAGCAGCUCGCGGCUGCGCAGCUGUCCGUUGAGACGGCGGCCGCCACCGCCGUGUCCGCCAUGCGGCACUCCUGCACCGGCCUCACGCGGGCCGCCGUCGCCUUCAUAGGCGCCCGCUUCCUCAGGGUGAUGGCCACGGAGGGCUGGGUUGACGCUGCACGCAGCUACCCGAGCACUUUUGUGGAGUUAGUUCGCCUGCUUGCAGAGGCACAAGCAGACACCAGUGUGCCAGCCGCUGCAGACAGCGGGAACACCUCUGCUGCGCCACACGCUGGUCUUCACUCCAGUGCCCCACCUCAUGGCGCAAAUGUUUCCUGCGUCUGGAGCCUUCGUGGAGAGGAGAAGGAUCAGAGACUGAUCCAGGCAGCUAAGGAGGGGGCAGUGGAGGAGCUACUGAUGCUGCUCAGGGCUAAAGCAGAUCUGGGGGCGACGGACGAGAACAACAAGACAGCGCUCCACUGGGCGGCCGCUGGGGGCCACACAGUGGCAGUGAGGUGUCUGCUAAUGGCAGGUGCUGACGUGGGUGCGAGGGACAACUCGCUGCAGACUCCCCUGCAUGGGGCUGCACUGAACGGCCACGCGGCUCUUGUGCAGCUGCUGGUGGCGUCCUCUGCCGAUCCCAACGCCAGGGAUGAGGAUGGGUGGACGCCGCUGCACUCUGCGGCAUUCACAGGACAGGCAGAGGCGGUGACAGCACUGCUUGAGGCAGGGGCCAACAAGAGGGCCGUGGAUAACAUCGGCAAAACCCCGCAGGACAUUGCCAGACAGUACAACCACCAGCAGCUGAUAGACGUGCUAUCAUAAAGCUAGCAGCCUCACAAAUGUCUGUGAAAUAAAAUAAAUGAAGAUUUUUGACAAUACCCUUCAUUUGUCUUAGAAUAAUGCAAACAAAGAAACUGCAGUCGUCCUCUGUAUCCAUAUUUAUGCAGCAUUUGUAACUACUGUAGGAACAUCAAAAGAAUAAUGAUAGAGGGAGACAUACACUGGUCAACCAGAACACUCUGACCACC